UUUUUUAUUGCUUCCCCUAGAACCGACAGCCAAUUUCUAGCAGCGCCUUCGGUCUUGGCGCGCAAGCUGUUGGUUCUCUACCACACACACCCCACCCGCAUCUCUCUCUCUCUCUCCCCUUCUCCGCUACUCCCUGAGCGGAAUUGCCAUGGCUGUCUGGAGCGGGUCCGAUUCCGUCCCGGCAACCUUGGUCAGGCCCAGCUUGACCUCCGUCUCUUCGGGAGAGCUGCAGAGUCUUCGGACGUGCAAUUGCGAGAUGGCGGUGUUACCGCUGCGGCAGCUGCUCUCCUUACAGCCAGACUCCUUUCUGCUGCAAGGGGACACUCUGGCGGUGCUGAGUCCGCUCGACCGCCAGCCCGGAGGCGGCUUUACGGUGAUAAGCGACGGGUUUUUCCAGCUGGAUGGCCGGCAGCAGUGCAGGCUCACCGGCUACUUCAAGAGGCACGUACAGUUGAAUAGCCAUCAUGAUUACAAAAACUACAGAGAGACUAUAUUGGGUCGGCCAUUGGUGUUUAUCAUUAACAUCAGAACAAAAUAUAAUUCUUCAAAAGAAAAAACGUACGCUUUGCUUGUGAAUACUCGACACCCAAAGAUGAGAAGGCAAAUUGAGAACAGCAUGAACAAUAUAAUAUCAUCCGUGAUUGGGGAAAGCUAUAAGCUUCAGUUUAACUUCCAAGAUGUUGUAAAGAAAUUUUUUCCUUCAGAAGCCUAUCUGGUUCAUGAAGAAAGUUUAAGUUUCUCCUAUGAGUUCAAAAUUGAUGCCUUAUUCGAUUUCUUUUACUGGUUUGGGAUCAGCAAGAGAACUGUUUCAGUGAAUGGGAAAGUUCUUAAUUUAUCAAGUACCAAUCCAGAGAAGAAAGAAAUUAUAACUAAGUUUCUGGAUAAAAUGAGUGAACCAAAUUUGCGUUCAAACAGUUUUUCAGACAGGAAGUUCAGCAUUAUCUCUAGAGUUUCAAUAGAUGAUGUGUUUAAUGGCAACUUGACAUCACAAUCAACUUGGAUGGAGUCUCCUUUAGCUCUCUGGACAGUUGGGUCUCAGAAGUCUGGAGACAGGUCAAAUAUCGAAGUCUGAUUUUCUUAACAUCGAGAAAGAUAUUGAAAAAAGAAGGAAGAUAACCACAUUCGGAUUAUCUUAUUGCAGAAUGCAAGAAAUUUCUGCCUUUUGUUGCAAAUAAUAGGAUGUAUCUGCAUUCUAUGUUGCUUUCAUUGAUUUCAGGGCAAGACUCCUGAUUACUAAAGUGUUAUUUACUGUUGUGUUCGGCGAGCCGCCAUGUUAAAUGAGAGACGGUAUCCUAUUGGUUAAGACGCAUGGCAACCCAAUGGGCGGGAAUUCUUAGUGUGUUGAUUGGCUCUCCUGUUUGACAGCAGGUUUAUAUAAGAGCUGUCAAACGCAGGGUGCCAGCCAUUAUUGUUUUGAAGUUGGCUUUCAUUAAAGGUUGCUUGUUUACUA